AUGGAUGGAAAAGGUGGUGGGCAAGGUGGGCAAAGAUGGCAGGAUGGGAUGGCAUGCGGGCAUGGCGCCUGCGGCAAGGCGGCCGAGAAGGGAAACCAGGUUUUUCGACGACGACGACAACGGACAAAAACCCUGCAGCCACGGGUGAGCGAGCGAGUGGACCAGGGGCCCGGCGAUCCGCCGUUGGUUCGCUUGCCUGGCGAGCCUGGGUCUGUUCGUGGGGAACCUUGGAAUCCAGCAGCGGCGGGGCCCCAACAGACAGCAUGCCCCCGGAAUUGCUCUUCAUCCCUCAUCACCGGACAUGACUUGACAGGCAAAAGACAGGAUGGAGUGUUUUUGACAGCCAAAGGUGAGGAGGUUGAGUGGAUUGCCCCCGCCCCUGUCGGCUGCCCAUCCGCCCGCUGCAGGGCUCCAGUGGCCCCGUGGCGCCCAUGCCCUGUCAUCAGCGGGCCCCUCGAACCCCCCUGGUCCUGCGCUCUUGGCCUCCAUGCUGUGCUGUGA